AAGUAUACUAGGUAUUAGGUAAGGUACAUAAACAUCAGUCACUCAUAUAGUCUCACACAAAAUAUUGUGAUAGGCACCGCUCACCAAAAAUUCAGCAUUAUUGUUUGAGUAGAAAUGUGUGAUUAGUUACAUCAUAAUGAUGAAGAAUUAUAAAAUUGCUAUCAUUUUUGUGCUCGGUGUUUGGUUGACUAUUGGUGAUGUAGAUUUAGUUGACGCGGAUAGUCAAAUUGAAAUAAAAGAAUAUCGUGCUCCGGGGGGUAAGGAUAUAAUAGGUUAUUUAUCCAAAAUACCAUUUUUCAAGCCAUUUAUACCUUUUAUCCAAAAAGUGCCUGUGAUGAUUGGAAAUUUUUUGAAAACGACGGUCACUGAUCCGCUCUUCCCACAGUUAGAAAAACUUGCAGACAAAGCUUCUGGGUUUUCAAUUCCUCUGUUUUCAAAGCUACCGUUACAGAUGCAGGAAAAACUAGCUGCAUUGCAAAUACAACCAUUACUCAAUUCGCUGUUAUUCCUACCGCCAAUUUUAUUCUUUGCACCAAUAUCUCAACCGAUUUUUGUUGCAGUUGAGCCGUUGAUGUCUGUAAUGAUAAGAUUGAUGAUCAGUUUCUCAGGCAAAUUCUUGCUCCAUAUAACAACAGGAAAUUGAAGUGAACGAUGAUUUGUCGAAUUAGGUACACCUGCAGGUCGGUUUUGGGACAUGACAUUCGGAAAUCCGUAAUUCACGUCGAUAGGUAGGUAAGGUACAUGUCAAUAAAAAAAACUUUGGGCUCGCAUUGUAGUAUCUUACUUUUAUAGUCUCUGACUAUGGUAACCCUGUUUUAGAUUAUCGUUAAGUUACGAUUACGAUGUUUGAAUUAAGCACAUUGAUUUUGUACAUAGUUUUGUUUUAUUAAAGUUUUAUUUUGCGUGCUUUUACGUAUUCGUCUUUUUCCAUUUACUACAUUAUGGCGACGAGGAUAAAAGUUAGACAGAAAUGACUACUGUUAAUGGUGAAGGUGGUGGCGGUGUCGUUACACCUCGGGCCACAAUAACGAGGCAGAUUAGUGACCGCAUUGCAGGAUUUCGUUUUGAAUCGUACAAUCCGGAAAAAGAUGUCUGGAAAUACUACAUACAACGGUUCAAUCUCGAGAUGUCCCUCAUUCAGCUUAACACAGAGGAAUAUUCACCAUAUCGACGAGAUCUACUAUUGAGAGCCAUUGGUAACCCAAUGUAUCAGAUUGCUGCGGAACACUUCGAUCCUCAACCAGUAACAGAAGUUCCUUACGAUGAAUUAACUUCAUUUUUAGAACAACAUAACACCAAAUCCGUAAGCUAUAUUAUUGCUCGUGUUCAAUUUGGUCAGUGCUACAGAGAGACUACGAUGUCUAUCUCCGAUUACGUUGCGAAGCUCAGAUCAUUGGCACCCCCUUGCGUUUUUGGGUCAACACUCGACGAGAGGCUCAGGGAUCAAUUUUUAAUUGGUUUGAAAAAUCCUACUAUGAUUGAACGGCUCUCGGAGAUUUACAGUUCACCGAACGACAAACUCGACGACAUAGUAAAAUCAGCACUUACUAUUGAGGCGGCUCAACAACAGCGAGCAGCUCUUACGGUAAUCGAUUCUAGUUCGACGAAAACUACAGCUGAUAACCAGCUCCUACAACUACAAGCUAACAACAGUAACAAUUCGAAAAAAAACAAACGUAACAACAGCAACGCUAAUCGCAACAACAACAACAACACCAACAACAACAACAGAUCUAACGUCAACAAUCGAUCUUCGAACAGAAAUUCAUCGUCAACAGCUGAUAAAGAUAACCGCAGCAACAAAGGGAACCAAGUAUUAACAUUAAACCCACUUCAAGAUUGCUUACGUUGUGGUGGAAAACGUCACGAUGAUGUUAAUUCCUGCCGUGCAAUCAACGCUACGUGCCGCGCCUGUAGUAAGGUCGGGCAUUACGAUCGAGCCUGUGUUUCUGCAGGUCGAGCAACGAUUUUGAAAAAGGCGAAAGUACAACGAAUCACUUCGACUUUUAACAACUACUCUACAUACGACGACGAUGAAUACCGGCAUCUAUAUAAUGUCAUCUCGGAUGAUCCGCAAGGUCAUUACAUCAUCUCGCCUAAAGUUAAUGGUAACAUUCUAGAGAUGGAAUACGAUACAGCCGCAGAUGUUUCUGUUAUCAGUUCUCGCAUCUGGAACCAAUUAGGAUCACCGCAAUUACGCCCAGCUGCGGGUAUUUCUGGGUACGGUGACGCGGCUAUUCAAGCUUUAGGUGAGUUUGACGUGAUUGUGCAAUUAGAUAACAUCAAACGUGAACUACCGUUGGUAGUUUCACAGAACGAUACUGCAUCAUCAUUGUUCGGUAAGAAUUGGAUGUUUGCUUUACAAGUUACUCCGUUAGCACCUCGCACUUCUAGUUUUCUGAAUUACGUUCCUAAACAUGGUAUAUACGAGGUUAAAAACGUUGCUAGCGAUGAUCCAGAUGUAAAAGCUAUUCUUAACGAAUUUAGCGAGUUGUUUAAUCGUGAACGAGGUACUGUAAAAGAUUUUCAAGCAACGUUCGAGCUUACUCCUGAUGCUCAACCGAAGAUUUUUAAACCACGUCCAGUACCAAUUGCGUUGAAACGUUCCGUUGAUAAGGAAUUAGAUCGAUUAUUGAAAGCUGAUAUUCUUGAACCUGUGAAUGUUAUGGAAACACCAAUCGAAUGGGCUUCACCUAUUGUGCUACGUAUUAAAGGAAAUGGUGAGGUACGUUUUUGCGCAGAUUUCAAGUGUACCAUUAACAAAUACGUGAAAAAACAGUUACAUCCUCUCAAAACAAUCAACGAUAUAUUUCCGUUAUUCGCUGGUUUCAUAGAGUACACAACGUUUGAUUUGAAAGAUGCAUAUUAUCAGGUAUUAGUUCACCCUGAUUGUCGUAAAUUUUUGGUUAUUGUUACCGAAAAAGGUUAUUUUCGCUAUAAAUACUUACCAUUUGGACUUACGAUUUCACCUAUGGUUUUUCAAAAACUCAUGGAUGAUAUAUUGAUCAACAUAGAUGGAGCUGUUGCUUGCCAAGAUGACGUUGGUACUGGUGGUAAGAACAGAAGAGAACAUUUAAAUCGUUUACGUUUAGUUUUGAAACGGUUUCAAGAUAUUGGUCUUGCCCUACAACCUACGAAGAUCAAUAUUCUCCGUAAAGAAAUCGUAUUUUUGGGUUAUAUUAUCGAUGCGCGAGGUAUGAGACCUGUACCUACGAAAGUGAACGCUAUCAAACUAAUGCCAGCACCUACGAACAUUUCCGAAUUACGCUCUUUUCUCGGCAGCAUUAAUCAAUUCAACGCAUUUGUACCUAACUUACUUCCCAACUGCAAUAAUCUACAUUGUUUACUCGAGAAAAACGUUCCAUGGAAAUGGACUAAAACUGAGAAUGAUACUUUCGAACACCUGAAAACGUUGAUUACCUCCGAUCGUAUACUUGUACAUUUCGAUCCGUCCGUUCCGGUCACGCUUGCGUGCGAUGCCUGUGAAUAUGGAAUUGGAGCAGUCUUAUUUCACAACUAUCCAGAUGGCCGAACGCGAUUGAUAUCUACUGCAUCACGUACCUUAACUCCGGCAGAGAAGAAUUACUCUGUUAUCGACAGAGAAGCAUUGGCGAUUAUUUUCGGCAUCGACAAGUUUUACAAAUACCUUUACGGACGUCAUUUUACGUUACAAUGCGAUCAUCAACCGUUAGAACGUUUAUUUGGAGAAAAAUCCGAACUACCGAAACUAGCUGCUUCCAGACUCGUUCGAUGGGCUAUACAGCUGUCAGCAUUUGAUUACACAUUCAAAUAUGUACCUGGUAAGAAAAACUGCCUCGCAGAUACAUUAUCGAGACUUCCGGUACCUGGUAUUAAUCCAACAUCGUUCGAAUCCGAAGCCAGCUUGGUCAUUAAUCAGAUCGUUUCUGAAACUAUUGAAAAUUUGGCACUAACUUCUCAGUUAAUUCGUUCGCGAACAUCUUCCGAUCCGAUUUUGCAACAGAUCGUUCGUUUUAUUGCUCAACAUUGGCCAUUGAAGAAAGAUGUUUCAGACGAAAUUAUGCCGUUUUUCAAUCGAAGAGAUUUAUUAUCGUACGAGCAAGGAAUCAUCAUGCUCGGAAGUCGAGUUGUUAUUCCUGCAAGUUUACAGAAACCGGUACUCGAAAAAUUACAUUACACACACCCUGGUAUAAACGCUGUAAAGUCUUUGGCGAGAACAACGGUGUGGUGGCCAAAUUGUGAUAACGACAUCGAAAUAUUCAUAAAACGUUGUGAACAUUGUCAACGAGCUGGUCCAAGGGAACCAUCCACCCCCCUCAAUUUAUGGAAUACUCCUGAAAAAUCGAUGGAGCGAAUCCAUAUUGACUUUACAGGACCAUACCAUGGUUUUAUAUGGUUCGUUAUCAUUGACGCAUUCUCUAGAUGGAUGGAAAUUUUUGUAUUAAAAACUGCUACAACAGAGACAGCAAUCGGGAAAUUACGUCCGUUUUUCGCUAUGUUCGGUUUGCCGGCGCAAAUCGUGGCCGAUAAUGGAGCACAAUUCCGAUCGAACGAAUUUAAACAAUUUUGUUUAUCGAAUUCCAUAAAGUUGAUUUUUACUACUCCAUAUCAUAGUCGCUCGAAUGGUUUAGUCGAACGUGCAAUUCGCACCUUUAAAUGGCGCUACGAUAAAAUGUCUAGCGAUCCGCGAUACAAAGGAUCACCGUCUGAUCGGUUACAGGAGCUACUGUUUGUGUACAGAACGACUGAACACAAUACUACCGGCCGUACGCCUGCUGAAAUGUUUCUUGGACGGAAGUUAAAUACAGUAUUGGACUUACUACGUCCGUGUGUCCGUAAGGAUAUUAAUCAACGACAAUUCCGUACCAAAGACAACAGGGAUCAAUCAUUCAAAGAUCGCGAAUUCGAAGUCAACGAUACUGUCUACGUACGACGUCCAAUAGACGCAAAUUGGACACCUGCAACGAUAGCCAAACGUUCAACGCCGCUCUCGUAUACGUUAGAUGACGGCCGGCGCGUUCAUGCCGAUCAUUUGAAAACCAGAUUCACAACUCCGGCUCAAUCAUCGCCCAAUUCGACAGAUAUUCGAACAGAAGAUUCUGUCAUCGAAGAAUCGCCGAUUCCUUCUAAUUUGACCAAUGAAUCGGUAACUCAGACUCCCACUAUUCGGAGAAACCCUCAAAGAACUACGCGACGACCGCCAAGACAUUUUCAAGAUUUCGAGAUUAAUUAGUUCUUAAUUAAUUCGAUUUUUAAAGGGGGAGAAGUGUAGUAUCUUACUUUUAUAGUCUCUGACUAUGGUAACCCUGUUUUAGAUUAUCGUUAAGUUACGAUUACGAUGUUUGAAUUAAGCACAUUGAUUUUGUACAUAGUUUUGUUUUAUUAAAGUUUUAUUUUGCGUGCUUUUA